AUGGCGCCUUCGCGAUUACAAGCUCCUGCUGUAAGACAACCUGAUGGUGCUGCAUCAGACCAUACCGACGCUCAAUUUCCACUGCCCGCCGCUAAGAGACGUCGCACAUCCAAGCAUGAGGUGCCUGACGAGGAUUCCAAAGACAUGUCCUCGUCAGAUAACGAGCCUUCAGUAGAGUCGCCCUCCCGGGAUGAGAAUGUGCGCUUAAAAGCUGUCUCAAUAGGCUCUACGGGGAACAGUGGUGCCGAGACAUCUGACAACGAAGACUCAGUAGAUCACAGCAUCGCUAUUGCGCCAACCCGGAUAUCGAGAAUCCCAAAGGCCUCUGCAAACGCAUUAGAUAUCACCCCUCGAAGCGCCGCGCCGUCUGCUAUCGCGACCACGGAUGCCACAUUUGCAUCUUUAUCGGUUGCGCCCUGGCUGGUACACACUCUCGGGUCGCUAUCCAUCACGAACCCCACCCCAAUUCAGCAGUCAUGCAUUCCCCCAAUAUUGGCUGGCCAAGAUUGCAUAGGUGGCUCACGGACUGGCUCCGGUAAGACAGUUGCAUUUGCAGUGCCUUUGCUGCAGAAGUGGGCCGAAGACCCUUUUGGAAUCUAUGCGGUGGUUCUUACACCAACCCGAGAACUUGCCCUCCAGAUCUAUGAACAGUUUCAGGCGCUAGGAGCACCACAGAACCUGAAGGUCGUCCUCGUAACGGGCGGCAGUGAUAUGCGACCUCAGGCUAUUGCCCUGUCUCAGCGUCCGCAUAUUGUGGUGGCUACCCCAGGCCGUCUCGCUGAUCACAUCCAGACCUCCGGCGAGGAGAUCACCACCGGCCUCUCGCGUACCAAAGCCAUCGUGCUUGAUGAGGCCGACCGUCUCCUGGCGUCCGGACCGGGCUCAAUGCUCCCAGACCUAAAUGUCUGCCUGUCCGCGCUUCCGCCCUCCUCCUCCCGCCUCACUCUCCUCUUCACCGCGACCGUCACCCCCGAAGUCCGCGCUCUCAAGUCUCAACCCCGACCCGGCCGCGCUGAUGUCUUCAUAUCCGAGAUCUCGGACCCUACAGAUGAUACCACCUCAGUCUCAGGCCCUAGCUUACCUCCGACUCUGAAGCAAACUUACCUCCAGAUCCCCUCCACCCACAAACCCGCCUUCUUGCACGUCCUCCUGCAAACAUCCUCCCUCACGAAUCAAACCCCAAGUAUCAUAAUCUUCACCAACCGUACCACGGCCGCCGACCACCUUCACCGCACCCUUCUCCAUCUCGACCACCCCGUCACAGCCCUGCACUCAGAGCUCCCGCAGCGCCAACGUGCCGCCAACCUCUCCUCAUUUCGCGCUCUCAAAUCCCGCAUCCUCGUUGCCACCGACGUCGCAUCCCGUGGCCUCGACAUCCCCAGCGUUGCCGUCGUCAUCAACUACGACGUGCCCCGCAACCCCGCCGACUACGUGCAUCGCGUGGGCCGCACGGCUCGCGCCGGGCGCACUGGCACGGCCAUUACAUUUGUUGGGCAACGCGACGUGGAGCUUGUACUCGCGAUCGAGGACUACCUGGACGGCCAGAAGAUGACGGCAUGGGAGGAAGAGGGAGUCAAUUUGGAGACGAGGGUCGUCAAGGGCAGGACGCUGAAGGAUGUGGGCGAGGCGCGUAUGGAGGCGAAUCGCGAGGUCGAGCAGGGGAGGGAUGUCAAUGGCUGGAGGAGAGGGGUUAUCAAGAAGGAUCGCAAGAAGGCCAGGCAGUGA